AACACGACCCGCCCAAAAACUAUCUGAAAAAACACACAAACACACAUUCUUAUUAUUCUCUCUCCUCCACUUUUUCCACAUUCCAUUUCCCAGGAAAAACUCCAUUGUCAACAACAAUGGCUUCCGAAUAAUCGUUCUCAGAUCUACCAGUUUCGCUUGCAUAUUCAUCUCUUAGGUUACAAAGAAAGAGAAAUCAAUAAUGGAGGCGCAACUUAUUGAGAGAUUGGAGAAAGCAGUUUCACGAUUAGAGGCGAUUUCCUCUUCGUCGGCGAUUUCUUCUCGAAGCAUCGAUGUUUCUGGUGAGGAUGCGGCAUUGGAUCCUUCGAUCGUCGCUUUGGACGAUCUGAUUGCUACUUCUGUUGGCAAGGUUUCCGCCUCCGCUGAGAAGAUCGGCGAUAAGGUUUUGGAAGCUACCAAUGUUCUUCGUGAUGCUUUUUCUGCUUUGCGUGAACUUCUUGUCAAAGUUAAAUUUACUCAGAAGCCUGACAUGGCCGGGUUGGGUGAGUUUCUAAAACCACUGAAUGAAGGGAUUAUGAAAGCUAAUGCCUUGACAGAAGGGAGACGAUCUGAGUUUUUCAACCAUCAGAAAUCUGUUUCUGACAGCCUUGUAGCUUUAGCAUGGAUUGCAUAUACAGGCAAAGAUUGUGGUAUGAGUAUGCCUAUUGCACAUGUAGAGGAAAGUUGGCAAAUGGCUGAAUUUUAUUGCAACAAGGUUCUGAUAGAGUACAAAAAUAAGGAUGCUAACCAUGUAGAGUGGGCAAAGGCUUUGAAGGAGCUCUAUUUACCAGGUUUGAGGGAUUAUGUUAAGUGUCAUUAUCCACUGGGACCAGUUUGGGGUACAUCUGCCAAUGCAACUGUUUCUGUGGCGCCUAAAGCUUCUCCACGCACUGCACCAGCUGCACCAACUCCACCUCCUGCAUCACUUUUUACCUCUGAUACUGCCAAACCUUCUUCAUCACAGCCUAAGACUGGAAUGUCUGCUGUAUUCAGUGAAAUCAGUUCUGGUUCUCUUACUUCAGGCCUGAGAAAGGUUACGGAUGACAUGAAGGCAAAGAACCGUGCGGAUCGUAGCGGUGUUGUUCCAGUUAUUGAAAAGGAACAACGUGCUAAGUCUGCAUUUUCCAAAACAGGGCCUCCAAAGCUGGAGCUUCAAAUGGGUCGUAAGUGGGUGGUAGAAAAUCAAAUUGGAAAGAAGGAUCUGAUAAUUGAUGACUGUGAUUCAAAGCAGUCAGUUUAUGUUUUUGGGUGCAAAGAUUCUGUUUUACAGAUACAAGGAAAAGUUAACAAUAUAACUGUGGAUAAAUGCACAAAGAUCGGAUUGUUAUUCAUGGAUGUUGUAGCAGCCUGUGAGAUUGUGAAUUGCAACAGUGUGGAGGUGCAAUGCCAGGGUUCAGCUCCAACAAUUUCUGUGGACAAUACAUCAGGAUGUCAAUUAUACUUGAGCAAAGAUUCUCUGGAGACUUCUAUAACAACAGCCAAGUCAAGUGAGAUCAAUGUGAUGGUGCCUGCUUCUGAUACUAAUGGUGAUUGGGGAGAGCAUGCUCUUCCGCAGCAGUACAUUCACACAUUCAAGGAUGGUCAGUUCAUGACUUCUCCUGUUACACACUCUGGUGGUUAAACUGUCGCAUUUCAUCAUUGUGAUUAACCUUUUAUCAUCUAGGCAAAGAAGUGCAUAUUCCAUACUUCUAGCCUGUUUUGAUUGAUUAUAUGGUUGGGUUUUGUUUAUUUUUCUGAAAGAGUUUUCCAUUCGGCUUUUUUUUUUCUUGUUUUUUUAAUUUAUUUAUUGAUCACCUUGGUUGUAAUAUGUUUGUGGGUAAGGUUGUUGCUUUGUAUUGGUUUGAUGUUACAAGCAUCCUUGUGUAAGAACUCAAUACUAUGUAUCAUUGUUUCUUCAUGGAUGUUAUAAAUCGAGUUUGUGUUUUUUGUUUAUUUCUUGGAA